UAUGUGGUUAGUCGCUCGCAGACCACGGCGCGGGUGAGACGUGUUCGCGGUGUCCGUGUAUAAACGAACAUUCUUGUGAAUUGUAAUCUGUUUGGAACAUGUGCUGUGGUGUUUGUUGAAGAUGACCGGUGAAAUUAGCUGCAGCAACAAAUGGUAUGCGUUUGUUGGUGCGCGUAGCUGAACAGGAGAGAUGCACUUGCGUGCACUGCUGUCGCUCGAACGGACCGCCGCCGGCAUGAAGGGCCAACCGGUUUGGACCACGUCGCCCCCCGGUGAGCCGUUGGUGCGCGUUCCAGUGGGAAAACCAAGAUGUCCGCCCGCCAUCUCCAGACUAAGGCUGGAGAAAGUGGAAGGCGGUCUGGCAGUCGCCGGCGUAGUCGUCGCUGCAAACUGCCAAAUCGUCCUGCCCAUAUUCGGGUUCUUGUUCAUGCUAGUUGGCUGCGUACUCACAGUGGCAUCAUACCGCGGUUGCGGUGAGAAUGAAGAACCUGACCAUUAUGCGGCGCGGAUCGCGUUUACAGGCAACUCGAGGGUCCUUGGGCCGGUGUGCAUCGUCGCCGGCGCGCUUAUGACUAUUGCUGGCAUCGUAUUGUGCAUAUUAAUGCGCGCGGCUCAACGUCGACAACGCAGACUCGCAUUCCAUUGUCCUAUUCACGGGGACUUUUAUCCACUUAGCCCGCAGAACACCAGGAAGUAUUCACGCAGCCCAUCCGGCCUGUGGCGCUGGCUGCGCAGUUGGUUGGGGCUGGUGGAGGAGGGCGAGGCGCCGCGCUGCCCGCGCUCCGUGGAGCCCGCCUCGCCCGCGCGCGCCGACGCGCCGUGCCCGCCGCCCUUACCCUUCCUCGUGCCAUCUGAUUCUGUUGUAGGAAUGGCGUCUGUGUUAGGAGCGCCACUUAGUCCAGAGCAAACUUUUGGGUCCAUCAAAUCUCUCGCUAUAUCUAGAGAAGUAGCCAGCUUCCCGUUAUCGCGUUCGCCAACUCCACCGCCGUUGAGUUGUCCUCCGUUCAAGGAAGAAUCGAAAUGUCUCGAAGAUAGCAUCCCGAAUGCAGUUAUAAUGCGUCCAGACUUCGACUGCGGAUCACCGACGUGCAAUUAUCGAGUUGUUGAAUGCAAACUGACUACCACAGAUGAGAUUAACCGUGCGUCCCUCAACUACAGUGUAAAUAAGAACGCGGACAGUGAACAAACUCGACCUACCACCGUUUCUAUACCAAUACCCGACGAGGGGAAAGGUUAAGGCAUUCCUGACGUGUGCGUUUUUAGAUAAUUCUUGUUUUUAAAACGUUCAAAGUGGGCAGUUGGAUUAUCCGAAUAUUUGGCGUAAAUUCGACGAAAUAAACUAUGAAAUGUAAAUAUUUUUUGUCCCAAACACAUCGCAAUAACAUAACGCUUGUUAAGUUUUAUUCUGCUCAAUCUACACUCGUCUUCCACCAACGCUCACUUUUUCGAACACCUUUGUAUUGAUUGCGAAGAAAGCCUAAUUUGUCACGUGAUACAACCUGUAUCGUUCACACAAUUUUUCGCUGCAUUUACAUUUGUGCAGUUUAUUUUAGUGGUUAAAUGUUAUUUCCCAUGUACAAUUUGUGUUAGCGAGGGCUGCAAUUCCAACAUUAGCAAUACAAUGCGCCAAAUAUUGUUAAGGGACGCGAGAUGUUGAUUGGUUGUAAAAUGGACAUUGCAUGAUACGAGAUAAGUAUAUUAUUUGCCUACACUUAUCAGUCAAGGCACUUUUAAGGCUGUCAUAAUCUUAUUCCAAAGUGUCUGCAAGCGGAAUAUGGCACCUGAAGAAAAUGAGCCAAUUUUAUACGGUUUAUUUCCAGUAAAAAAAAAAAUUUCGGUCUCAGAACUGCCGAUUCCUUGCUAUAGUAAUCAACUCAAGGAAACUUAUGAUAACGUAAAGUUUAUGGUGCUUCAUAUAUUUCUUGUUGCCUAACGAAUCUUAAGAUUGACUUGAUUCAGUGCGCAGAAAUGAAAUGUCUUCUAUGAUUUUUAUUUUGUAAACAGACGCAUUUGUAUUCUAAUCGCAAGUUAGUUUAGAUGUAACAGAACUGCAACGUUCUUCGGUGGCGCUCUAGUCGUGGUUGCGUCUCUGCAAUUAUUUUGUUGGUAACAUUAACUCAUACGUGGCAGAGAGAAUGGUAUGUAAGUGUUUUGGCUCACUAGGAUAACUGUUUCUUAUUGUAUGUUAUUUGUAGGGAAAUGUCCAUACAUACAUCUAAACGUAAUGUUAGCGUAAGCAUAUAUUGUAAGAACAUUAAAUCACGUACCCUAGUUGUAGUUCCGAAAUGUGAUAUUUUGUUUAUUAAACCAUCGUAAUGUAUUUUAUUUCAAUGCGAACAUUGUUUGAAAUGGUUUCAUAUUUGUUGUCAUUGUCAUUAUUUUUGGUGCGAGGAGCCAAAAGAAGAUGCCAAAAUCACAGUUCAUCACGUCCAUGAGUCUUGCAAUUGUUUCAUUUUUGUAUUCACGUUCAAUAAAAUAAUGUGCUCAGAAAAGACAAUUUAGGGGACAAGGAUGUAGGUAAUGUCGUAGUCCACGUAUACUCUAGAAAUUAUUAUGUAGGUAGGUCGUACAUGAUGAGAUGUAAGUUUGUGAUCAAGGCAUUUAUUGGCCGAGUUGUUCGAAAUUACGAGGAAUGUAAUGUUUUUUAUAAUCCGUAGUUAAGUGCCACGCCUAAACUAUUAUAUUGUAUACUUAAACUAAGCUUAUUUAAUAUUGUUAUAAUUGUAAGGACGAAAUGAAAAUACAAAAUUGAAUUUUAAA